GAUAUCGAUGAAUGCCAAUCUUCGCCCUGUAUCUACGGUAUCUGCCAAGAUUUGAUUAAUGGAUAUAAUUGCUCUUGUGAUUCCGGUUGGAAAGGAUCCAACUGUAAUAUAAAUAUUGAUGAAUGCCAAUCCAGUCCUUGUAUCAACGGAAAAUGUAUAGAUAUAGUAGACAGUUACAACUGUACAUGUGAUCCAGGAUGGAAAGGAACUAUUUGCUCAAUAAAUGUAAAUGAAUGUGCCUCACUACCUUGCUUUAAUCAAGCAAUGUGUGAAGAUUACAUUAAUGGAUAUAACUGUACUUGCCAACCUGGUUGGACUGGAAUCCAUUGCCAAAACAAAAUUAAUGAAUGCUCCUCAAAUCCAUGCAUUCAUGGGAAUUGCAAUGAUCAAAUUGCGGCCUAUAACUGUAGCUGCUUUCCAGGAUACGAUGGAUACAACUGCCAAACAGACAUUGAUGAAUGCCAAUCGAAUCCCUGCCAGAAUGGUGAUUGCAAUGAUUACCUGAACAAUUAUAAUUGUACUUGUUCUCCUGGAUUUACUGGAAAGAACUGUCAGACAAACAUUGAUGAAUGUUUAUCCAACCCAUGUAUUUAUGGAAAUUGUUCCCAAGGCAUUAAUAGUUUCGAAUGCAAUUGCUUUAUCGGGUAUACCGGAAAAACUUGUAAUGACGAUUUUGACGAGUGCACUUCCAGCCCUUGUCUAAAUGGUCAAUGCAAUAAUUUAUUAAAGCAAUAUAAUUGCACAUGUUCUACUGGAUGGACUGGAACACGAUGUGAAAUAGAUAUCGAUGAAUGCCAGUCUAAUCCUUGCAUUCAUGGAAAUUGCAUCGAUCAAGUGAAUGGUUAUACCUGCCAAUGCGAUGCUGGCUUUACAGGAAAUAUAUGCAAUGAUGAUAUUGAUGAAUGCAGCUCAAAUCCUUGCAUUAAUGGCUAUUGCAAUAACUUUUUAAACGAAUAUAAUUGCACAUGUCGAUCUGGUUGGACAGGCAGUAUUUGCACCAUCAAUGUUGACGAAUGUCUAUCAAGUCCAUGUAUUCACGGAAAUUGUACUGAUGGCAUAAAUAAAUUUAGCUGCCAAUGUAAUUCUGGUUAUACUGGCUUAGUUUGUAAUACAGAUGUCAAUGAAUGCACUUCUAACCCUUGUAUCCAUGGAAAUUGUAGUAAUUUAGUGGAUAGUUACUCAUGUCAAUGUUUCUCAGGUUGGACUGGGGCCAUUUGUACUUCUGGCAUUGAUGAGUGUCUAUCUAAUCCGUGCAUUAAUGGAAAUUGCACAGAUGAAAUUAAUCAAUUUAGUUGUAAAUGUUUCGAUGGCUUUAAAGGCACAAUAUGCAAUGAAGAAAUUAAUGAAUGCAACUCCAGCCCCUGCCUUAACGGUCAGUGUGUUAACUUACUGGAUGGAUUUAUUUGCCAAUGCUUGCCUGGGUUUACUGGCAAGACUUGCCAGACUGAUAUCAACGAAUGUAGUUCAACCCCCUGCUUAAAUGGAAAUUGCCGCGAUUUCAUAAAUUAUUUUAAUUGCUCCUGUAAUCCAGGCUGGGAAGGUACAACUUGUGCGAUAAACACAGAUGAAUGUAUAUCUAGUCCUUGUAGCUAUAAUGGAACUUGCUUUGAUUUAUUAAAUAAAUAUCAAUGCAAUUGUUUGCCUGGAUAUACUGGUGUUCAAUGUGAAACAGACAUAAAUGAAUGUAGUUCGAGCCCAUGUUUACAAGGUCUAUGCACAGACAAAAUUAACGGUUUUACAUGUAAUUGCAGCCAAGGUUGGACAGGAAAAUUUUGUAAUACAGAUAUCAAUGAAUGCUUAUCCAGUCCAUGUGUCUAUGGGGGCUGUAACAACUUAAUAAAUGCUUUUACUUGCUCUUGUAAAGCUGGAUGGACUGGUGCAUAUUGUGAAACUGAAAUUGAUGAAUGUUCAUCUAAUCCUUGUUUAAAUAAUGGCACUUGUACGAAUACCAUUAAUGAAUAUUUCUGCAAUUGCAGUCAGUUUUAUACUGGUAUUAAAUGUGAAACAUGUAGGUAG